CUUGUGAGCUUCAUUGGUUUCAAACAUGUCAUCAGAAGGCGGUAAUGAAGGCGGUGGCAGGAAGGCGGAGGACAAUAAGAAGGCGGAGGAGAAGCCCCAGCCACAUGCAGUACUGGAGCAGCUCUCCGGUGUACAAUUUUGUGUCAACAGUCCACCGUCAUGGUCGGAGGCAAUAUUUUUGGGUUUCCAGCAUUACCUGUUAACUUUGGGCAAUAUUGUCUUCAUCCCUAAAACAAUAGUGCCUCAAAUGGGUGGUAGCAAAGUUGAAGAGGCUAGGGUGGUUCAGGUGUUACUUUUCAUUUCAGGGAUAAAUACAUUGUUUCAAUCUUUAUUUGGAGUAAGGUUACCUUCGGUUAUAGGUGGUUCAUAUGCCUACUUGAUUCCUAUAUCCUCAAUAGUCCAAUCUAGGAAAUUUCAGCAGAUUCCAGAUCCUCACAUGAGGUUUGAGCACACGAUGAGGUCCAUUCAAGGAGCCCUCAUUGUAGCUUCUAGUUUUCAAGUCGUUGCAGGAUUCAUAGGUUUGUGGAGAAAUGCCACCAGGUUUCUUAGCCCUUUGUCGGUGGUUCCACUUAUCACAUUAACCGGGCUUGGGCUUUUUUAUCUUGGCUUCCCAUUGAUGGCCGAGUGUGCCGUGGUGGGUAUUCCAGAGUUGUUCUUUAUAAUCCUUGUCUCCCAGUAUCUUCCUACAUGGCUAAAACUAAAAAAACCAAUACUGGAUCGCUUUGCUGUGCUAUUUUCUGUUUCGAUUGUGUGGAUAUACGCAGCCAUUUUAACUUGGAGUGGACCUUAUAAGACAUAUUCUGAAGAGAAUUGUCGGAUCGAUAGUUCUCGUCUUAUGAGCGGAUCCUCUUGGAUUAGCGUGCCUUUGCCAUUUCAAUGGGGAGCUCCUACUUUUAAUGCAGGCGAUGUUUUUGCAAUUCUAGCAUCUUGUUUUGUCUCUUCCAUUGAGUCUACAGCUGUCUUUUACGCUACAUCGAGAUAUGGAAGUGCCACCCCAGUGCCACCUUCUAUCAUGAGCCGAGGUGUCGGGUGGCUUGGGGUAGGGACUUUGCUUAGUGGACUUUUUGGCGGACUCACGGGACCUUGUGCAACAGCAGAAAAUGCUGGUCUCUUGGCUUUAACAAAAGUUGGAAGCCGAAGAGUUGCUCAAAUAUCUGCAGGCUUCAUGAUUUCUUUCGCCAUAUUAGGAAAAUUUGGAGCACUUUUUGCCUCGAUUCCUAUGCCAGUAAUGGCAGCCUUGUAUUGUGUCUUCUUUGCAUAUGUUUCUUCAGCUGGUCUUGGUUUCCUUCAAUUUUGCAACUUGAAUAGCUUCAGAACAAAGUUUAUACUAGGAUUUUCCUUGUUCAUGGGACUAUCGCUACCUCAAUACUUCAAGGAACAUCAAAUAGUGUUUGGAUCAUAUCCCGUUCAUACACAUGCUAGAUGGUUUAAUGAUAUAAUAUCGGUUAUCUUCAUGUCACAUGCAACGGUGGCGGUUAUAAUUGCUGAGUUUCUGGACCGUACUCUGCCUAAUAAUGAUAGUAAAGAUAACGGUUCAAGUUGGUGGCAAAAGUUUGUGGCAUAUGGAAGGGAUGUUAGAAGUGAUGAAUUCUACAAGUUGCCAUUCAAACUCAAUAGGUUCUUCC